UGAAUCCUUUCCUACUUUCAUUCCCACCGUUCCUCCACUUCCAUAAAUAUCACACUCCUCAAUCCAUUUCCCCAAACCCUCACUCAAUAAACCCUAAUUCCCCUUCUCACAACCUUAUCCAUUUCCUCAACAAUGUCUACCUCUGCAACUUCCCUAGCCCUUCCAUUUCUCCCAACCAAAACCACUCUCUCUUCUCCACUCUCUUCUCCACUCUCUUCCUUCUCACUCAACACUACUUUCAAACCGUUUUCCUUUGCCUCUCUUCGUUCGACCCUGUCUCUCAGUACCCGUUUUGUUUCCCGUGUUGCUGUUUCGUCGGAGUUUGACCAGGAAGAGGAUACUUUUGAGGACGGAGAUACUCGUAGUUACUCUGCUAACCAGAGGCUGUUUGUUGGGAACCUUCCUUUCAGCGUUGACAGUGCGCAACUCGCGGAAAUUUUUGAAAGUGCGGGGAAUGUUGAGAUGGUUGAGGUGAUUUACGAUAAAGCUACCGGGAGAAGCAGGGGAUUUGGUUUUGUUACUAUGUCUUCCGCUGCUGAAGUUGAGGCUGCUGCUCAACAGUUCAAUGGUUAUCUAGUGGAUGGAAGGGAAUUGAGAGUUAAUUCUGGACCACCUCCACCACCUCGUGAGAACUCUCGUUUUGGUGACAAUCCUCGUUCUGGUGGUGAGAAUUCUCGUUUUGGUGACAGUUCUCGUUCUAGAGGUCCUCCAAGAGCUGGUUCAGAUAGCGAACACCGUGUUCACGUGGGUAAUCUUGCGUGGGGUGUUGACAACGCGUCACUUGAGUCAUUGUUCCAAGAACAAGGAAGCGUUAUAGAAGCAAAGGUAAUCUAUGAUAGGGACAGUGGAAGAUCUAGAGGCUUUGGAUUUGUGACUUUCAGUAGUGCUGAAGAGGUCAACAGGGCUAUUCAAUCCUUAGAUGGCGUGGACUUGAAAGGCAGAGCUAUACGGGUUGCACCCGCAGGUGCUAGACCAAGUCGUCAAUUUUGAGGAUUUUACCUUUCACUUGACCAAGAGAGGAUUAUGCAGGUAGUUGGAAGUUAUGUGCGGCGUUUCAUCAAUAUCUCACAACUGUUUGCAAAAGAAUUCACUUCAUACUUGGUAACUGUAUCUACACACAAGUAGCAGUACCUGACAAGCUUCUUUCUGAAGAAGAGAUAAUACUCUCUGGAAAUAUGAAUAUGUGCUCUAGAUUUCAGUAGUUUUUAUUUUAAACUGAUUUUGUAGUCUGUAUUUUACCCGCUUUAUUAGUAAAGUAGAUUGCUCGAUGAUCGAUGGUUACCUCAAUUCAAUUUUGUAAUGAUAACAUGGAUGCGGAUUUUUACUAUCAUGAUUGUGCCUGUAUAAUCUUCAACCGCAAAUGUAUUCAAUGGCGUGCUUGUUUGGUGAAAAAAUAUGAUGUUAUUUAUCGA